UGAAAAUAUUAUUCCCUUAAUUUCAUUCGGCUUAUAAAUAUUAUUUUUUGUUCUUUGUCAAAAAAUAUAAUCAUUUUUAGUACAGGGAUAGAACUUCUGGAAUAUUUAUCACAUGAUGAACACAUCUUGCUUUUAUUGCAUCAUUCGCGGAUUCUUAUUGUUAGGAUACUCGUAUUUAUAGUUGCGGCAGUGACAUAAGUAUGGAAAACUUAGGUGGAGUGUAUUUCUGACAGUUUUCUUAACCUUCAGCACCUUCUAGGCACCUGAAAUUUCUUCUGAUGGGGAUAUUUGUGAGUCUAAUCUUUUCUGUGAUUCGUGUGCAAUGAUGUGUUAUUUUUGCAGGCGGCUGCAUUUAGAUACCAACAAAAAAGAAAAAUUUGGAUAGGGUAUUUACAAAAAUGCGCGGUGAAUUGGAGAAUAUCGUAAUAUUAUCAGGAGGCGGUGUACGUGAAGAUUCUAUGGACAAUUAUGGCCCGCACAUUUUGACUGAUGAGGUGUUGGAAGUAAUAGAAGGAGCAAAUGGCACACCGGUGCUCCUCAUCACCUCCAGUGACGGGCGCUUGUCGGCAAUAGCUAUGAACGGAGUUCAGACCAUGCAGCCCACCACCAAUGAAGUCAAUGGCUCUACCGAAAAAAAAUUACAGGAUUUCCGUGCAUGGAUGUUGCUUAUAAUGUCACUGAUCGCCACUGUCACUUUCACCGCGGGGCUCACCCCACCUGGUGGUUUCUGGUCCGAAGACAAAGACGGGAAUGAAGCUGGCACCUCAAUUAUGCGCAAAAAAUUCCCUACAAGGUGGGCAUGGUAUCACGGCACCAACACGAUGGCCUUCUGCUCAUCCUUGAUGACCAUUGCAACGCUCGCUAUAAACUUUGGUAACAAGAAGGCCGCUGCCUUAAGAUCUAACGUGUUCCCAAGUCUUGUAUCUAGUUGUUUCAUGUCGCUGGCAGGUAGUUACAUCAGCGGCACGUGGGAGAACCGACGAUCAGGUGUCUCUACUAUUAUUGCUUUUGUGCUUGUCCUUGUCUACAUACCAUCCUUGCAAUUGUUUGUAACUUGGCGUGCCUCGUGCCGAACUGGCGAGCAACCCACGGAUACGAAUAAUUUGUAAGGAAGAAGAUGCUACGGAAGGAAUCAACAACAAGUAUCCGUGCAGGUUCGACAGCGUGCAACCUGCAAACUCAUAUUGUCGUGGAGAAAACAUGGAUCAUUAUGUUACUGGUAUCCUAUGACUCUUGUUUUGUGCUUGUAAUAAGUGUUCUAGGUACGUACCUAUUUGUAAACACGUGAGAACCCUUGGGUUCGCUACUCAUUUGUAACUCCUAUGUUGACACGUGAAGCGUGUAAUUUGAAUCCUCUA